CUUACUAGCUAAGGCUGUAGGGUGUGAAAGACCGUAAUGGAACCAGCUGCGUGAGCACGGCCAUAGUGCGGUCCCCGGCUAGGAUGACGUUGAGCCUGCUAUAAAAUUACGAAUUGUCUGGAUGUUCGGGCAUCAGCGUGGGGCAACUGCCGUGCCCCAAUUCUCGGCUUUCAAGCCUGCGCUGGCGCUGCUUGCUGCGCUCAUAGCGCUGUCGGGUCCCUGCUCACUGCAUCGUGCCCUGGCGAGCACCACCACCAGCAGCGCUAGCGGAUCGGGCGGUGCCGACGACGGCCUUCCCUCCGUGGACCGCCUGCUGGCGCCGCUGCUGCCGCUGCUGGUGCCGGACGCGCGCGGGGGCAACUGGCGACUGGGCGAGGACUUUGGCGAGCACCCCGCCGCCGCCUCCAGCGGUGACGCAGCCCGCCAGUCCGUCCCAGCAGCGGCUGGCGCCGCCGGCCCCAGCAGCACCGCGGGCGCCGGCCACGGCCGUGACGCCAUCCGCGGCGGCCUGAACCCGGGCGAGCUGCGUGCGGCGCUGCGGGCGCUGGAGGCGGUGGCGCGGCUGCCUCGGGCCCGUGGGUCGCUGGGUCUGCAGCGGGCGCACGAGCUGACGGAGCCGCGCGCGCGGCCGCUGGCGGAGGCGCUGCUGGCGGAGCUGCCGCCGGCGGCAGGGGGGAGGGAGGAGGGGGAGGAGGGCGAGGGAGGGGAGGGAGGGGCGGGGGCCUCGGGGGCGGAGGUGCUGGCGGCACUGCGAGGCAUACAGGCGGGAGUGCGGUCACUGCUGGGGAUGCCGCCCGACGCCUCCGGCCCCAUCCUGGACAUGAUCAAGGGCGGCGGCAGUAGCAGCAGUAGCAGCAGCAGCAGCAGCGGCAGCAGCAGCAGUAGCGCUAGCAGCUACAGCGGCCCCGCGCACAGCUACCCGCUGCUGCGGCGUGCGGCGGUGGCGCGUGUGGCUCAGCUGUGGCUGCUGCACCUGCUGCCGGCACCGGCGGGGGCGGUGUGGGUGCUCAAGGCGCGGGUGCUGGUGCUGGAUGUGCUGCAGCAGCUGUUCGCGCUGCACGCCGCCGGCAUGUCCGCCCGCCGCGCGCUGGAGUUCCUGCACGUCAGCAAGGCGGCGGGGACCAGCAUGUGCAAGCUGGCGGAGGCUGCCGGCUGCCAGGCGCUGGACUUCGGCAUGGGCCGCACCUGCCUCAUGCGCGAGUUCGACGACCAGCCCCGCUGGCUCAACGCCUCCCACCACUGGGCCCACGUGGCGACGACCGCCGUGCCGCGCACCGCGCACCCGCUCGCCUUCCUGAUGUACGGCUACCCCCGCUCUGCCAACAAGGCCCGCACCUGCCCCCAGCGCCUCAGCCUGCUCAAGAAGAUGGGGCUGGACUUCUUCGCCAACGAGUACACGGUGUACAAUGACGAGGUGCUGGGGAGCAAGUCCAUCACAGACCGCUGGGCCGCACCUGCGUCGGCCGGCAGUAGCAGUAGCAGUGGUAGUGGCAGUAGCAGUAGCAGUGGCGCGGAGGGCUCGGGCCGCGCCGCCGCCGCCUACGCCUCCUACGUGCUGCACCUGAGCGCGGCGGGGCGGGAGGGGCCGGCGGUGGUGGGCCCGGAGGCGGCGGCGGCGGCAGCGGCGGAGGCGGACGUGGCGGCGGCGGCGGCCGGCGGCGUCAACGCCUCCGCCUCCUCCUCGCCCUCGGGCGGUGUGUCCCGGCGGCCCUACAGUGCCGUGGUGCGGGGCACACACCUGUGCAGGAGGUUCGCGUACGCCAUUGCGCUGCGCGACCCCGCCCAGCGGCUGCGCAGCCACCUGUCCUUCAUCGCCGACACCUACCUGCGCAGCUACGUGCGGCGGGGGGUGCUGGACGCCUUCGCGCCCGGCCGCAACGCCACCGACUGGUGGCGCUACUUCGCCCCGCCCCUCAUGGACAAUUACCUGGUCCGCAGCCUGGGCGGGGAGGGCGUGUUCAGCCUGCCCUACGGGGCCAUUGGGGGGCAGGCGGGAGGAGGAGCAGGGGGAGCAGCAGGGGGAGCAGGGCAGCCCGAGCCAGGCGCGGCAGGCGCAGCAGACGGGGCCGGCGGUGAGGGCACGACCUCCUCCGCCUCUGCGACCGCCUCCUCCUCCUCCUCGCCCUCGCCUCCGCCCUACCUGGCGCUGGCCGAGGCGGUGCUGGCGCAGAUGGAUGUGGUGCUGGUGCUGGAGUCCGACCCGGCACUGAGCACCCGCACCACCACCUACGGCCUGGGCUGGGCGCCCUCCCUGGCUGACUUCACACUGCGCCGCUCCUCAGCAGCAUCGCACGCCGCGCCUGCUGCAGCGGCGGGCGCCAGCGGCAGUAGCAGUGGCAGUAGCAGUGGCAGUAGCAGCGGCAGUGGCAGUAGCAGCAGUCCCCAGUCCACGGCUGGGGGCUGGGAGGCACUGCUGGGCCCGGACGGUGGCGGCAGCGGUGGGCCGCAGCAGGCGCGGCGGCGGCUGCAGGGUGGCGGCGAGAAGCGGGGGCGACGGCGGCGGCGCGGGCGGGAGGAAGCUGCUGAGGAGGAAGGGCAGGACGAGGAGGAGGGUGCCAGCAAGGAGGCUGCUGCUGCGGCUGCUGACGGAGCCGGCGAGGCCGCCGCCGCCGCUGCCGCCUCCGGCGGUGGCAACCCGCUGGUCCACCUUCUUCCCACCCUGUCCGUCAUCAAGGAGUUGGAGGCGGGCGCCGUACAGUACGACAACCUGUUGUACGGCUGGGGGCGGCUGCUGGCGGCGCUGGAUGACGUGGUGUGGCGGCUGGCGGCGGCGGGCGGGCGGGAGCCGGUGCCGGGUCUGUUCGCAGAGGGGGUGCGGGGGGCGGGGGAGGACGGGCAGGAGGUGGAGGUGGCGCCGCCCAGGUGCGGCUACCUGCACGCGGCGGAGGGAGGGGCGGCAGGAGGCGGGGCCGGGGGCGGGGGCGGGCAGGGAGGGAGGAGGGCGGGGCGGCGCGCGCAGCGGGGGCUGCUGCCAGCGGAGUCGGGCUAGGCGCGUGCGCGAGCCGUGUGUGUAUGGAUGGCGGCUGGGAGCUGGCUGGGUGCUUGACACGGGUGCGUAUGGAGGAAGUGAUCCCGGGGGCAAUUAUUCGGAUGCCGGCGUGCGUGCGGGGACUGUGGGCUGUGGGGAGGUGGUGACGCGUGCGUACUCCUGACCACCACGGCGCGCUGUGAUACCUGCGCUGGGGAUGAAACUGUGAGAUUGCCAUGUGGAAUGGGACAGGCGGGACUUGUGGAACGGGGGCGUUAUUAUGGUUACAGUGAGGCUUGCGCUGUUCGGACAGCGCAGCAAUGUAGGCCACCGGUAUGUCAGUCAGUCCGCAACGGGUGGUGUAGCACUCUUUAGUUCCCCGCGCUAGCCCAACGGUAUUUGACCAAUACUAGCAAGUGUUGUGCGCCUAGGCCGGCUGGUGGAAAUAUCUCACCGCCCCACAUGGGCUGUCUUAAGGACAGGGGCCCGGCAUCGUAUCCCCUUCCACACACACAGCUGACCCGGCCCCCCGCACCAGCAGCGCAGCAGUGGGGCGGCCGCUAGCGCGCAGCACGCCGUGUAGCGCAUGCCACGUCGUCUAUCUCUGAUUGCUUAUUGUCGUGCGCAGUGCGGUUGUGACGGCUGGUAGCUAGCCACGUUGCU